UUUUAAUCAUGUCAGACUCUAUCACACCCCACAUUCUCUUUCCUUUCAUUCUUAUUUAUUCUGCCUCACUCCUGAGCUCUACUAACCCCCAUCAAAGCACCCAAGAAGAAAAUGGCCGUAAGUGGAGUCCCUAUUCUAGGAUUUCUCAUCAUGGCUGUCCUGAUGAGCCCUCAGGAAUCCUGGGCUAUCAAAGAGGAACAUGUGAUCAUCCAGGCUGAGUUCUAUCUGGCCCCUGACCAAUCAGGAGAGUUUAUGUUUGACUUUGAUGGCGAUGAGAUUUUCCAUGUGGACAUGGACAAGAAGGAGACGAUCUGGCGGCUUGAAGAAUUUGGACGAUUUGCCAGCUUUGAGGCUCAGGGUGCAUUGGCCAAUAUAGCUGUGGGCAAAGCCAACCUGGAAAUCAUGAUGAAGCGCUCUAACAACACCCCGGACACCAAUGUGCCUCCAGAGGUAACUGUGCUCACAAGCACUCCUGUGGAACUGGGAGAGCCCAACGUCCUCAUCUGUUUCAUUGACAAGUUCUCCCCACCGGUGGUCAAGGCCACAUGGCUUCGAAAUGGAAAACCUGUCACCACAGGAGUGUCAGAGACAGUCUUCCUGCCCAGGGAAGACCACCUUUUCCGCAAGUUCCACUAUCUGCCCUUCCUGCCCUCAACUGAAGACUUCUAUGACUGCAAAGUGGAGCACUUGGGCUUGGAUGAGCCUCUUCUCAAGCACUGGGAGUUUGAUGUGCCAACCCCGCUCCCAGAGACUACAGAGAAUGUGGUGUGCGCCCUCGGCCUGGUUGUGGGUCUGGUGGGCAUCAUUGCUGGCACCAUCUUUAUCAUCAAGGGCGUGCGCAAAGGCAAUGCCACAGAACGCCGGGGCCCUCUGUGAGGCACGUGGAGGUGGUGGCCUUUCUCAGAGAGAAGACCACUGAAGAAAUUUCUGCUUCAAUAGCUGACAAUAAAAGCUGGCAAUACUCCAAUCGUUGACCUCAGUGAAAACAGCCAUCUUCAGCAUUUUCCAGGCCUUUAGCCACCCCAGAGUGGUGACACCUUCCCCUAUCUCUCCAUACUCCAUACCCAGUUGGCUUCUCCGUCUGUUGCCCUUUCCUGUAUCUGUUUUCCUUCUAUUUCCCAUCAUUUUAUUAUCACCAUUCAACCCCUCUGGAAUAAACCCCAUAGGCUUCUUUCUCUGCUAUGGAAUGUUCUUAACAUUCCAUGAGGGUAUCUCCUCUUAUUGCUUCAGGGUUCUUCAAACUGUGAUUUUUCUGAAUACAAUAAACUAUUUUUAAG